GAUUUAUUUCACAUGAAGUCACUAGAACCUUUUGGAUUCACUAAGUGCUCAAAAACUUUAACUGAUACUGGACAAUUAUGAAAUGUGGAUGAAUGUCUUAAAACUACAGCUGAAAGGUCUCUAUUAUAUUCAUUCGGCCAAUCGCAUCGCUUUCAAGAAAUAAUCAGCUGAUUGGAUAUUUUCUUUCUACACUAAUUACUUUCACACUCUAUGCAGCUUCCAAUGACCGUGGUGUUUAAUGGUCACCUCUGUCAAUUUUUGAAUUCCCACUGAUCUUUACGAAUGUUAUUUUUAAUGAGGAUAAAAUUACUCAGUCUUCCUUAUUAUUUUUCUAUAUGUUUUAUUAUCAUAUUAUUAAUUUUCUACUUUUAUUUAACUUCAUUCUAUCAUGUGAUUAUUCCAAAGGAAAAGAGUAACAAGCAUUUUCUUGACACUACUUAUUAUCAAUUGCCUUCUUAUGCCAACAAACAUUGUACAUAUUCUACAUGUUUUAAUGUAAAUAAUUGUGUUCAUGAACUUGUUAACAAGCCAUUACAUACAAUUAGAGUUUAUAUGUAUCCUUUAUUAAAACAAUUCAAUCAUACUUCACUUCCGAUAGUCUUUAGUCAACAAUUUCUCUCAUUGCAUAAUGCUAUUCUAUCUAGUCAGUAUUAUGUGAAUCGAAUUGAAGAUGCGUGUAUUCUUGUGCCUGGAAUGGAUUUCUUAUAUAUUCAUGAUCAAAAUCAUCAAGGCAUUGAUCUAUCCCUGCGUUAUUUAAAUCAUUUGCCAAGAUGGAAUGAUGGCAGGAAUCAUUUGAUAGUGAAUUUCUUAUCCAAUGAAAAGUUGAUGUAUUCAGCUUCAGCUAUCGUCGCCAGUGCUAGUCAUACAAGUCGUACAUACAGGCCAAAAUUUGAUAUUGUCCUACCAGCAUUUAAUCCAUAUACAACUGUUGUAGAUAACAGUAUUAAUAAAAGACGUACUAUAUUCUUGAUAGUCUUCCCAUCAACUGAUCAAGAUUCAAUAAAUCAAUUGAAAUACCUUUUAUUAGAUUCUCGAAAUUCAGAUUCCCUUUCUCCCCAGACUAUAAUCAUCUUAGAAUAUUCUAAUCAGUCAAUCAGCCAAACAUAUGAUAGACGUUUUGUAUUAGUAUCUGAAUCUCAAUAUCGACAUGGUGUGAAAAAGUGGAUCAACUAUUCAGAAUCUUUGUGUUCCAGUGAAUUUUGCCUGGUAAUUGAUGCAGACAAUGCAAAUCGUUUUAAUUUAUUCGACAGUAUAGCAUGUGGUUGUAUUCCAGUGAUUGUAAAUGACGAUAUUGUUUUACCAUUCUCUGAAGUUCUUGACUGGAAUAAAAUGGCUAUACGAAUUCCUAGAAUUAAAUUUCAAAAGAUUCCAUCUAUACUCUCGACAUAUUCAUCAAGAGAGAUACUUCUUCUUCGGAAACAAAUAAUGUUUGCCUAUGAACGUUAUUUUUCAUCGAUAGAGAAAAUCAUGAUCACUACACUAGAUAUACUAAAUGAUCGCGUCUUUCCUCAGUAUUCACGAUCUUAUGCUGAAUGGAAUUAUCCUGAUUAUUCUGCAAAUGCAUUUCCGAUAUCUCCAGUUCUAUUUUAUCCAGCUAAAGCUUUCCCACAGGCAGGAUUCACUGCUCUUAUUCGAGCUCAUAGUCAUUUCGCACUACUUAGUGUUUUGUUAAAAUCAAUACAGUAUGUAAAAUAUUUACAACAAAUUGUAGUUGUAUGGACAAGUAAAGUGUAUCCUGUUCCUGAUACCAUACUAUGGCCAUCACUAAAGGUACCGUUGAGUGUAGUGCGUCCAGCUUAUGGUUCAGUAAAUGGUCGAUUUUUCCCUUAUCGACAAAUAAGAACAGAAGCAGUUUUUUCUAUUGAAGAGGAUACAUGUCUACCAUCUGCUGAAUCAGUUGAACGUGCAUUUGAACUAUGGUGCCAAAAUCCUGAACGAUUAGUCAGUUUAUCUGGAAGACAAUCUGAACAGCUCUCUUGGCAUCUGUUUUACAAUAAUGGUAAUAAUAAUGAUAAUAAUAAUCAGUCGUUUUCUGCCACUUUUCCUGCAGUCUUUUUCCAUAAGCACUACUUACAUCUGUAUACCGAUCUAUUGGCUGUCCAUGUGAAAUCAUUUGUCGAUAAGUUGGAGACAUGUGAAGAUGUAUUCUUGUAUUGGCUUAUUGUACAAACAUCUGGUGGCCAGUCAGUAUUGAGCACUUCUCCUGUGUACAAUUAUAAUUCAUCCAAUUUGUAUAAUUUUACCAAUCCAUUAUUGAAUGAAUGUCGUCCUGUGCCUAAACAUUGUUCACUUCAUGUAAACCAAUUAUCUUCUUUUGUGAAAAGCUUUCGUCAAUCAAGUUAUCCUUUCAAAGUUUCACAGUUAACUGCUGAUGCCUUAUAAUAAAAUGCAAGAUUGGAUUAUCUGCCUUCUGCUGUUGUUAUUCAUAUUAACAUUAAUACUGUUUAUACAACGGCAUUUAAUUCGUCUGCUUCUAUCAUUAUGUUUUUGUUUUUUUAAAAUUAUUUUUAUUUCAAGAUGCAGAUUGUACAUCUUCAUACACAAGUGCCAUACAGCUAUAUAUAUAAGAGAUUUUUCAGUAUUGUUAUCUAUUCGAGUUUUCUCUUUUAUUGUACAUCACGUUAAAUGGUCUAAAUUCCUUUAUCUUUUUUUUUAUAAGUCUUUAAACGAAGUAUUCACUAAAUCUUGCAGUCUCCAGCUUGGAUAAUAACAAUAAAGUUUCAAAUUUCAGUUUUUUAACUUCUCACCCACCUCCCCUCUUCCCCGAAUUUGUUAGCUGAAUGUAUUUAAAUCUCGG